AUGCACUCAUAUACGAGCAACGAAAACAACUGUAUAGUUUAUUUGUCCUUCGCUGUUUCUAUCAAGCGGUUAUCUCCUCAGACAAGGAUGUAUUCUUUGAUAAUAGCGACGUUCUUCUCAUACAUUCUCCUAAUAACAGCUCAGCCACAGAAAGACUGCAAAUGGCUUUGUCAUGGACUUCUAACUGAUCUUCAAGACUAUGAAGGAGAUCCAAAUAAAUUAGCAGAGACUCUCAUGGAUACUUGCGAGAAUGAUGUAAAAUUUGGGCUAAUCGCUAACGAUCCUAUUGAUACGGAAUGCCCGGAUUUUUGUAAGAAGUUCAUACCAAUAAUCGUGAAAGACAAACAGCUCAGGGAAGAUCUUGCUAAUGCUACGGAUUCUAUGGGAGCAAUAUUGGGAUUUUGCGACAAGUACGACUAUGGAGCUGUGAGGAAGGCACCUUAA